AUGGUAGCCGGAAAAAUACGUACCAAAGUUGAUACUUCUGGGGAGUUAGUUGUAUACAGUGAGGCAGCAGUACGUAACAAUGCAGCCGUUGUUGAAUAUUGCAGAACAUCCAUGGCAGCUUUGUCAGGUGGAACAGCUGGUCUUUUAGGGCUGACAGGAUUGUAUGGAUUUGCAUUUUACAUUUUUGCAAUAUUCGGUUUGUGGGCUUUACUUUUAAUUAAAGCCGGACCACAAUGGAGAAAAUAUUUUAUCAAUAGAAAAUUAUUAUUAACUAAUGGAUUUUUCGGGGGAUUAUUUACAUAUGUUUUGUUUUGGACGUAUCCUUUUAUAUCAUUAAAAACUAAUCUAAUAUUUAAUAAUGGCAUAAAAAUUAACACUUUUGCAAAGUAG